AUGGCUCGGCACCAGAUCCAACAACUCGAACAAGACCUGGAUGGUCAAGCCGAGCCCUCGCCUACGAUGGCCGGUGGUGCCCGGACGAUAUUGGCGCUGGCGCAAAGAUAUCCCAUUUGCAUUCGGAUACCCUCGACCCUCGCUCCGGUGAUGCGUUUCUUACCAGACAGGAUUAAACGGUUACUUAAUCUCCUUGACCGCGCAGACUUGGCGAGAGUCUUCGUGGCCCUGGUUAGAUACCGGUUAUCUAAGGCUGGCGGAGAAGUGGCUUUGACCACCUGGGGAACUAUGAAGCAGCCUGCGAAGGCUGAGGAGUCGGGCGAAUUAGUUGACAUAGAACAGACCAGUCUGCCAGAAUUGUCAACCAGCCUCCGUCCUCCACUCGUGCUGGAUCAGGUCCGAACGGUGUUACCGUACUUAUCCCCCCCGCAGCUCGAGUGCGCGCAGCUAUGGAUCGACGAAGCUCGGAUCCUUCAAGAUUUUUCAUUCACGCUAGUCACGUUGGUUGAACGGAUGUGGGGUUUGACCGACGAAGAGAUGGUCUUUGCGCGACUCCGGAUUUAUGGGCCGUUUACGAUGGACUGGAUACAGCGUGCCAUCCCGGACCUCCGUCCGGCACAGAUGGUGAUGGCCCAAUGGAUUGUGGAACACAACCAAAUGAUGAUGGAGUGCCCCAAGCCGGUUGUCUCUGGAUCGCACUGCAUGCUGCAACGGCUUAUCACGCCAGAUAUCAUCGCAAGGCUCUUAGAUCUCUCCGCCUCGCAGCAGAGGCGCGUCAGUCGACGGCUUCAGUCUAUGGAAAACGUUUGGGACCCGACUGGGCGAUAUCCUUACUCUACAGCCGACCGACUGUGGAGUGCGGCGAUGCGGAUGGAGCGACGAUGGUGGCGGUCCCUCUGGCCGGGGCGAUCGCACGAAAGGCCAGUCACUCUCAGCCAGGUCAUGGGCAUUUUCCCCCUUCUCGAACCGGAUGCCGUGGACCAGGUCGCGCAGUUUCUCAAGCGGCGGGCAUGGCGUGUAGGAAGGACGUCUGCUACAUUGGAGGACGUAAUGUUGUUUCUAAAGCGAGAAAAGCGCGUCUCAGAUGCGGACAUACAUUAUGCGCGCAGGCGCUUGGGGCUGACGCAGGAACACACUAAAGAUUGCACGCCCAUUGGCGGGAAGUGA